GCAUUAAUCUGAUUGGUUGCGGCUUAAAGCUAAGGAAAUUGCUAAGCUAACCUGAAGGUAGCUAUUUUAAAGCGGUCUCGACCUACCACGAAGUAAGCAAUUUGCAACGAACACCCGCAUUUAAAUGUGGAUACAAUUUCACGACAGAUAAUCAAACGUUUUUAUUAAGGAUUUCUCUCAGAUCAACCGUAAUAUCAGCUUUUACGCUUUAGCUAACUUAGCGCAGUCCGGAUCAACGGCAUGGCUGAAGUAGUACGGGGACCAGCAGGAAACAACGAUUGUCGGAUUUAUGUCGGGAAUCUCCCUCCCGAUAUCCGUACUAAAGACGUUGAAGAUGUAUUUUACAAAUAUGGAAGUAUCCGAGAUAUCGAUCUGAAGAACAGAAGAGGCGGACCCCCGUUUGCCUUUGUGGAAUUCGAGGACUCCAGGGAUGCAGAGGAUGCGGUCCAUGGACGUGAUGGUUACGACUACGAUGGCUAUCGUCUCCGUGUCGAGUUUCCAAGAAGCAGCCGGGGGGGCAACAGAGGAGGAGGAGGAGGAGGAGGUGGUGGUGGUGGUGGUGGUGGUGGCGGCGGGGGAUCACUGGGAACAGCAAGGGGGAGAUAUGGUCCCCCCUCACGACGUUCAGAGUACAGAGUAAUUGUGUCAGGUCUACCACCCAGUGGAAGCUGGCAAGAUCUGAAAGAUCACAUGAGGGAGGCAGGUGAUGUAUGUUAUGCCGAUGUGUUACGCGAUGGUACCGGCGUGGUGGAGUUUGUACGGAAAGAAGACAUGAGCUAUGCCGUCCGCAAGCUUGAUAACACAAAGUUUCGUUCACACGAGGGAGAGACGGCAUACAUCCGUGUGAAGGUGGAUGGUCCCCGGAGCCCCAGCUAUGGAGGCUCGCGCUCUCGCAGCAACAGCCGCAGCCGGAGCAACAGCGGAUCACGCCGCUACUCUCCACGCCGCGGACGGGAGUCUCCACGUUACUCCCCUCGCCGCUCUCGCUCUCGCUCCUAGACCGCCGAGACAUGGGGAAAUCACGACAAUGACCCCCCCCCCCCCCCCCCUCAUUGACCAUCUGCUGUUGAACCUUCUUCUCUGGUUGUUUCUUUUGUUUCCCCCUUGUGUGUGUGUGUGUGUGUGUGUGUGUGUGUGUGUGUGUGUGUGUGUGUGUGUGUGUGUGU